AUGCUCACAAAGAACCUUACUUUAUUUCAGUCUCCAUUACCUGUCCACCAUUCUGUAAAAGAGAAGAAAGCAGAACCACUUUCACCCAAGAAGAGUUCAAGAUUUUUUCCCUGGGCUCAUAAAGGAGGAGACACUUCACCUAAAUCUAAAUUAUUCAGUUUGAGGAAGAAAGAUAAAAAAGAGAACUCAAAAUCCAAACGAAGAAAAGAUGCUUACGAAAGAUUUGAACCUGUACCAGUUUUUGAUCAUGAUACAGAUUGGAAGACUAAAUUACAUACACUAUGUAAUGGUAGGCGGGUAGUAAGAUAUUUGAAUUAUUCUCAAUCACAGUCACCUAUGAUUAUUAAACAUUAUCCACCGCCUAAAGAAAGUACAAGAAUAAAAUGGAAUUCUAAUUUGAUACAAGAUGGAGAAUCAGAUGAUAGUAAUGAAUAUGCUGUAAUUCAUCCUAAAUCUAUUUUAUCUAAGAAAAGUAAAGAAUAUAAAUAUGAUGGAGAUGUACCUUCACCAAUUAUUAUAACCAAAACAAGACAGUUAAGUGUAAGUGGGCGCAGACAUUCUAGAAAAUAA